AUGACGCAAGGAGAAAUAUAAGUAGAAUUGGAAUCAAAAUGGAUACAUAGAAUUUAUUUUCAAAAAAAUGUCAUAUAACUAAAGGCAUCAAACUUAAAAAUAAUGAAUAGAAAGUAUUUAAAAGAGGAUUGUAAAUAUCGUUAAUAAGUGCUAGAUAUUGAUAAGAUAGUUAUUGUGGCUGAAAUUUAGAUUACGAAGUGAUUAGAUGAAUGUAAAGAUUCAUAACGUAUAGAUAAAAGAACUGAAAGAAACAAGAGUUUAAAAUGGUAUUAUAAAGGCUUUCUUUGCAUUGUGUAUGCUGGAUCAGUUAGAGAUGAAUGGUUUAAUAAUGGGUUUGCUCAAUUUCUUGAUUUGGAUGAUGAUGAUUGUGAUGAUAUUAAUAAGUAUUUAAACAAAAGAAUGUACCUCAGAAGUGUUACACGUUAAGAAAUGCAAGGGCAAAUUGAUUCACUCAAAUUGCAAAUUGAGCAAGCGAGAUAGAACCACGAGCGAGCAAUCAAAUAAAUGCGGUCUGAUCAUUAGAAAGAGGUAAGGAUGCUCACGUUUGAUAGAUUGCAGUUCUUUAGGAUGAAAUUAGAAGGACUCAGGAGAUUGUGUCGAAUGUGCAGUUUUAGUAGUACUUCAAGAUGAAGAGUGAUAACUCGAAGUUAUUAUAGGAGAAUGCGCUGUUGAGAGAUAUGCUUAGGGCUUGUCAAAUCACGAAUUCUACAAAGGAGAUGGAGGUGUCACGAUUGAGAUAGAAAUUACGCAGGAUAGAGGGGCAAUCGUUGGAAGUUCGAAAAGAGCCAAGUAAUUAAGUAUGCUUUAAGACGAUAUAAUAAAGUCACGAUAAAAUGAAUAUUCAGUUCUUCGUAAACACUCGAAUUACAGACAUCCCACCCAACCAUCAUUAAAUGAGUCGAAUACAGAAUCAUCACCUAAACUAUUGCCUAUCAAAUUCAAAGUUAAUUAAUGAUAUAUA